AUGGACGAUGCAGGCAUGCCUCUUGGCACAACGUCUUUGAGAGACGAGGGAGCGGCACUAGUAGAACCUGAGCAGGACUCGAAUUCUACGGGUGAGAAAAAUAUGGAGCCGCAGAAAUGCGCUGGUUUUGACGCCUCCUUGAGUCGAAUUUAUCGUUAUUCCCCGGUUCCUACCUUGAUUCUUGAUGAGAAUUUGUGCGUCGUGGAGGUUUCAGACAGCCAUUGUACCUUCUCGGGCCAAUCUCGGGAGGAACUGGUAGGCACUUGCGCCUGCGAUGUUCCGGUCCACAUCAUCCCUGCGCCAGACACUCCUACUUUAUAUGGAGCGUUACGUGCAGCUAUCACCUCGAAAGAGGUUCAAAUCAUGGAGGGAAUACACGUCAAAAGCAAAAUUUCGACUUAUCAGCUUCGUAUAACGCCAAUCUUCGAAAAAUCGUCGUUGAUCUAUGUCAUAUUAGAGGCUCAGAACACUUCAAAAGAUCACUGGGUUGCGACUGAUGAACAGCACGCCUACAUGAACGAAACCUACAGGAUUUUGGUCGAUACUGUGAAAGAUUACGCCAUCUUUAUGCUCGACACUCAGGGAAUCAUCACCACGUGGAAUCCUGGCGCUGCGAUAUUAAAGGGAUACUCUCCCUCGGAAAUCAUUGGCAAGCACUUCUCUAUUUUCUAUAGUCCUGAGGACUGUAAUAUAAAAAAGCCGGGUAAAGGUCUGGCACGGGCUCUACAGGAAGGACGGAUGGAAGACGAAGGCUGGCGGUAUCGACAAGAUGGAUCGCGUUUCUGGGCCAACGUGAUGAUCACGCCAAUUUAUCAGUUUGGUCGUCAUGUUGGCUUUGUUAAGGUCACGCGCGACCUCACCGAGCGGAAGGCUUCCGAGGCACGCAUGGUCGCGGCCUUCGAGGAGUCAGCGAAGAUGAAGACGGAUUUCUUGGCCAAUAUGUGCCAUGAGAUACGGACCCCCAUGAACGGUAUGCAGCUUGCACUUUCGAUGAUGAAGGACACCGAUCUUACCGACCAACAACUGGAAUACGCUUCGAUCAUUGAGGACUCGACAUCGGUCUUGCUCCAAAUUAUUAACGAUGUCCUCGACUACUCGAAGCUCUCAUCUGGGUCUUUUUCUCUUCACUCCGAUGUCGUGGAUAUCAGGAGCAUUCUUGAUGCUGUCAUGCGCAACUGCAGGUCUCUCUUGAAACCCGGCGUUGAGCUGACUUGUUCGAUUCCACCCGAUUUACCCAACGUUGUAUGUGGUGAUCCUUUACGGUAUCGUCAGGUGGUUCAUAACAUGCUCGGAAACGCCGUGAAAUUCACCGGGUCGGGCUAUAUUCGACUCUCUACUACUUUCUCUCCCGUCGAGUCGGAUCCACAGGCAUACACAAUUACGACGGAGCUUGCAGACUCUGGAGUUGGAAUUUCCGAUUGUGCUCUCAACACUCUCUUCACACCUUUUACACGAUUUGCCGAUUCUGCAGCCCAAACGUACCAAGGCACCGGCCUUGGUCUUUCGAUUUGCAAGAGUUUAGCGGAGCUUAUGGACGGCACGGUGGGCUAUAGGCCUGGUCCACAAAGCCAAGGCAGUGUAUUCUGGUUCACAGCCAAAAUGGGUCACAUGGACACGCGCUUUUUGAACAAGCAGCCUGCUACGCCUUCAACAGAUAACCCAAAAGAUCUCUUGAACAGAGUGCGGGAGAUUGCGCCGCGCAAGCAUAUCUUGCUCGUCGAGGAUAACCUUGUCAACCAUAUGGUCAUGCUCAAGCUUCUUCAAAGCCUUGGGUUCGAGCGCAUUGAUGUCGCCUGGGACGGGGCGGAGGCCGUUCGACAAGUCAAGCAAACGCCGUUGUCAUACAAUGUGGUUCUCAUGGAUAUCAGCAUGCCGGUGCUAGAUGGGUUGGAAGCGACAUCGCAAAUCAGAGCCAUGGGCAUCGACAUGCCUAUCGUUGCCCUUACGGCGAAUGCGCUAAAGGGGGAUAUGGAGACGUAUCUUGCCAAGGGGAUGAAUGAUUAUAUCGGAAAACCGAUCCACCGCGACCAGUUAUUGCAAGUUCUCUGGAAAUGGCUAGGAGCUUGA